AUGGGAAAGGUAAGAUGAUCUGAAUAUUGUAAAUAUUUGCAACACAAGAAAUUUUGGAAACAAUAAACAGAUUUUUUUUUUUUUAAAUGAACCAAAGCAAAUUCAAGUUUAAAAUGCUUACACUGAAUGCCAGCAAACUUUAUCCUAUACAAUAUAUCCUGGUGAGUUUAUCUAGGCCAGAAACAUGACAACAUAAUAUUCCAUAAACUAGUUUUGGACAUUUGCCGCCUCAUCAAAUACAAAUUCAUCAGAACACAUGCUUCACAUGUUUACUUUUUUCAGACUCAAGAUUAAGAUUUUUUCAGUUUUUGAAAGUACUUUCUAGUGAAUGCCACUAUUAACCGUAAUAAAUUGCUAUAAUUAUGUGAAAGUGAAUGCAAGUUCACCAAUCUAAAAAAACACAAAAUGUACCAAAAACAUAUAUUCCAAUUCGGUCCUAAACUUAUAUGUUUAACACCUACACUUUAUUAUUUGAACAGGAUAAUAGUAAAUGUUUUUAGGAAUCUAUAGCAUCAAGUAAUCAAACCAGAAACUAUUUUUUAAAUGAAAUUAUUAACCACUAAAACAAUAACAAACUAAAAAAUCUAAAAUGUUCAAAUGCAUGGUUGUUUCACAGAUUGUCUUCUACGAGGAUCGUAACUUCCAGGGCCGCUCUUAUGAGUGCAACUCUGAGUGUCCAGAUAUGUCCUCAUAUUUUCAGCGCUGUAAUUCCAUCCGAGUGGAAAGUGGAAACUGGAUUCUGUAUGAGCACCCCAACUAUAGAGGACACCAGUAUUACCUUAGCAGGGGAGAAUAUCCUAAUUUCCAGCAAUGGAUGGGUUUCAAUGACUCCAUCAGAUCUUGUCGUAUUAGCCCACAGGUAAAGAUAUUUACCAAAAUAGUUAAGAACCUUACAUAAAUAUGAUGCAGUACAAAAAAACAUUAUUUUCCAAUUAUCAAUUAUUAUAGGUUUACCUUUGCAAAUAUGACCUUUUUUGACUAUUAUUCAUGAUUUUAUGGAAUAUAUCUUCAAUUCAAAAUUCCAUUGUCAGGUAACAGGUGGUUAACAUGGAUAAAUAUAUAUAUAUAUAUAUAUAUAUAUAUAUAUAUAUAUAUAUAUAUUCCUGUAUAGAUUUUUGAUGUUUACAUGCAAUUAUACAAUUAUUUUACUCUUGUUUAUAAAUAUUUUUUUCUUCGUAAAGCACCAUGGAUCAUUCAGAGUAAAGGUCUAUGAGAGGGAGGAUUUCCGAGGUCAGAUGAUGGAGUUCACUGAAGAUUGUCCUAAUGUCAAUGAGAGAUUCCGUUACCAUGACAUCCACUCCUGCCAGGUGAUUGAUGGCUACUGGAUGUUCUAUGAGGAACCAAAUUACAAAGGACGCCAGUAUUACCUGAGACCUGGAGAGUACAGAAGAUAUACUGACUGGGGUGCCAUGAGCCCAAGAAUUGGCUCAUUCAGGAGACUUCACCAUUUCUAAUAAGUUGUAUUUAUUACUAAAUCAGCAUGUCAUUAAGAAUAUAAUAAAAGCAUCAAAAAUUAUCUUUAAGGUCUAUAUUUUUUCAUUUUCUAUUUAAGUUGUGGUUUCAUACCUUUUACUUUACAUGCAAAAUGCAAACACUUAUUUUAAACCACAGUUCAGUAAAUAAAUUAUUAAUAUAACAGUGGUUCCUAUAAAAACAAAUAAUGAGUAAGUAAUAAGGGGAAUUAUAUUAUUUUUUACAUAUAGUCCCUCAGGAAGUUGAAGUUGUGACAUCAAAAUACUUAUAGCUUUUUUUACUGAAGGUGGUUUGACCCAAGAUAUUACAAGAUAAUACUAAUGAAACAGUAUUGUAACCUCUAAAACUACAUGUAGGUGGGUGGAGGUAAUUUCCAGCAGACCAGAUAUUGUUUGGGAUCCAAGAUUCUCAGUAUUUUGGCAGCAAAAAACACAUUUACCUGUAUUUAUCUGUUUUCAGAAGCUUAAAUAUUAACUUGACAGGAUUGGGGAAUGCUCUUAACAGCGGUAUCAGAUCCUGACCCUAGUUCACAACGUAUAGAUAUUAUGCUUAUGCAGCCGCCUUGUGCUUAAAAUGGCACAUUAAGUCAAAAGAGAAGUUCUUCUUGGGCGGGAUCCAUCUAAUCACCUACCACAACAUAGUUGCCAUCAUGCUAAAGGAUAAUAAGGAAGACCAAAUACAAAAGGGAAAUUAAAGCCCUACUGUGGGACAACAGGCAACAUUGAAGGACUGUGGUGAUAUCUGGAAAAGGCAAAUCUCAAAUCUGUUCACUUUCAUCCAUCACAGGGAGUGCCUGGUGGAGAAUGUGGGUUGCUUAAAAAAUGUGUGGGGUACAAGAGGAAUUUUUUUUGGAAGAAUGGACAAAUUUUAUUCCAUGCCUAUUAUGAACUGUUUUAUCUCAUAAACAAACAAACUCCACUAGCAUUAAUAGAUUUUUUUCACACACUAGUAUAAGUUUCUUAAGACACUCAAAUUCUUACAUAGAGACUUUGAGUUAUGUAUUUGUACAAUUCCUGACUGUCUAAGAACAGUCAGGAUAUUCUUUUGAAACAUUUAAUUUGCUAACAUUUAAUUUGACACAAAUCACUCUGGCCUGGAGACAAUUAUUGAAGCAUGACCAUAAGUCUGAGACCCUAAGGCAUCACAUUCUAAACUUCCCAUGAUCACACAUGAGGAUGCCAUACAUUAUAUUAGGUACUCUUCAGAAGUGAAUGCUUUCCUAAGAAGACUAGGGACUCCUCUGUACACUAAUAAUCCUGGAGGGGUUACAACCAGAUCUCCCCAUUGAUGGGAUAUGGAGAAGAUAACUCAAUUGACCUUGUUUGUGCCCGUACUUUGCAAUAUUCCUGCAGUUUCAUAGAUGCUCAACCUUAUGACGUCCAUUUGACGGACUUGUGAGGUCCAAUUGACUGCUAUUAGCUAAUAUCUGAUUAUCAAAUGGCUAUUUUAAUUGCUCAUAUGUUACCACAGAGGAGUAACUACGGGUAGUUUCUGUCUAUGAUGGUUUAUUUUUAUUUUUAUUAUAUUUAUUUUUUAUAGUACUACUAUUGUUUCUUUGUACUGAGUAGCAGUUUAUCCUCAUUCUAUAGUGCAGCUUAUUUUCAGGUCAUACUCUCCCUCAGACUUUCUAUAUCAAGUAUAAACACUUGUAACUGAUUGUCAAGUUCUCCCUUUUAAGCUAGCAAAUCACAAUAGAUGACUGCAAUGUUUAUAUUGCAGCUCUAGGUCUGCCUUCAGUGGCUGUCUACCAGAGAGUAACUGGGGGCGCUUCCAGAAUCGUAACAGACUUUUGGUCCUUUAUCUAACGCUGGACGUCCUCACCCUCUACAUGAGGACGUCAGAUUUUCCCCAUAACAAAGCAUUGAUUCAAUGCUUUCCGAAGGGGAGGUCUUAUGCGCGUGCGGCGUUUGCCACACAUGCGCAUUAGACCCUGCUUGUCGCAGGGUGGAGGAGGGGGCGGAGCUUCCACACAGCACCGAGGAAUAUCGGCACUGGGAUAAGUUAAGUAAAUAAAGGGUUUUUAACCCUCUAUUUACUAGGGAAGGGGGCGCAGGGCAAGGGGGAGGUAGAGGAAUCGGUAGUGCCAGGAAUGCAGCUUUGUAUUCCUGGAACUACAGUAUCCCUUUAACACAUUGUUUACCAGAAGAGACAAUAUUUGAAGCAGCACAUUUUAAAACUGAUUGCAGCUGUUCCUGUAAUACUUUCAACUAUUCAGCAUGUCCUGAUGCAAAUUUGAAAGUACUUGGAACAAAAGAUUCAUUGGGGAAAGUGAUUGGCAUUGUUCUGCCUGUCAUUAACUCAUGAGGUGACACUUGCGUUUUAGAGUUUGGAGUUGCAUGAAUAUACAUUAAUACUCCUAGUAAAUAUGUUACCCAACUACUCCCUUUAACUACAAGCGUUUAUUUUUCAAUUUAAAUGUUAAUGUAAAACAAUUUAAAUAGAGUUCCAUGGUCGUUUUGCCACAGAUACUCUCUGUAACUUUGGUUUCUAGUCUUUAGGUCUUGGAUUAAAUUGAGCACAUAUGAGACACUCCUGUACUAUAUGUAUACAUCAUUCUUUUAAAUUAGGAUGAUACAAUUUAUUUUGCAGGAUCUUAAACAGUUUUUAUGUACAGACUUAAAUCCUGCCCACAUUCUCCAUUAUUAAAUGUAGGAAAUUAGCUGUUCCUGAGAUGUUUGUCACACCAAAGUUCCAAUAAUCAAAUCAGAUUGUAUUGCAGCCAAAAAUGUAUAUUUAUUCAAACAUACACACCAUGAGAAAAUAACACAAAGUCUUUGCACACAUCUGGACCAAUAGAGCAAUGUGUAAGCACUUCAAGAUAAUAUUCAUUUUUGUUGUUAGAAGUAUUGGUGAGGAAUUUCUAACUGUAAAUGUUUGUAUAUGUCUAAAAUUCAGUUACUCACGAGGCGUACACAUAAGGUUACCUGACACUUUAAAAUAUGUGGCCAUCAUAGAAAAAGGUUGUGGCUUAACCAUUCUGUCCAAUCUCUGAUUAGAGCCAGACAUUAUACAAAUGGUUAGGAAAUAGAGGUAGGUGAUGUAUAGAGUCCCACAAGGGGAAACUAACAUCAGGAGAGCUCCACUGUUUAAGAAAUGAGGAAUGGGGGCCCUCCCUUUAAUCAAUCUAAGGAUAAAAAGGGAUAUGCAAACAAAAAGUAUAACUUGAAAAAAGGGAGACAUACUAAAUGGUGCCCAGGGGAAUACUAACUAGCAUCUACGUUCCAGUUCCCCUAGUGUCCUCAUUGGAGCUCCCUAUUAGGUGGUUACAGUGGUGCAGCUCAUGAGCCCUUGACUUGUAUCCAGACUCCUGACCUGCACUCUGUUUACUUUAUUUCUCCAUUUUGUGUUUUAUACAAAUGUUUAUUCUUGGGGGGUAAAAUAUAAUUUACACGAAGGUCUUUCUGUUUACAUGAUUAAAUGAAUUUCUUCAAAAAGAAACUUCCUAAUACACAUGGGAGUCUUGCUUGCAAUACUAGGUCAAAAGGUAAUAUCAACAGGCUUUCAUCAAUCAUUAUCUCAACAAGAACCAUAUGUGGUGAACAUUGGUAAACAAAUAAAUAGGAUCUCUCAGUUCUUGUGUCUGAAAGUAUUUUAAAAGGAAAUUAAUUUCAACUAAUACAAAACUUAUAAUAUUCAUAUCACAAAGAUAAAAUCCUACAACACAUCAGAUAUUUAAAGUUCAAUACAUAUAUUUCAUAACCCAGUGCAGGUGUGUCCCUUUAUUAACAUUAUUAACAUCUCCAAAAAUCAACAGUUCACUUUUUUGGUUUUGAGCUACAGUUUCACAAAGGAAUAGGGCUAUGUCUAAAAGUAAUACACUAGGAAGCUAGGUGGGCGUUAAAUUCCUGCAACAAUGAUAGUUUUACUGAAAGGGAUCUUGAUUGUGUCAGAGAGGAAAUCAAAGGUGGCAAGGGAGCCAAUAGUUUUUUAAAAGGGUGAACGUUAGAAACAAUCCCAAGAAAUUAAGAAAUCCAAAGGAAAGAUCAAAUUAUUUUCCAAUUUAAGAUGAAAAACAGACUAAGUUGGAUUAAUACCUCAUCAGCUAAAAACAAAAGAAUACGAGAAUGUUGUCUUCAAAAAGCAUUUACGUUUUUCAGCUCUAAUAAUUAAAAGAGAGUUAUUUUUAUAAUAAUCUAAUCUAUAAUUUGGAUAGGAUAGGUACAUGCUUCUAUUAUUUAACUCAAUCUUCUCUCCUCUCAACUGUUUCUGGUGUGUUAUUGUGUUUUGUUUGUAAAUGUCUAGGCAUGCAAAAGUGUGGAUGUAAUUUUAUUACUGUGGAAACAAAAUAAGGAUUAUUAAGAAUAAUAACAUUCAAUAUUUUAUGUAACCACAAAGAGCACUGUGACGAAGUGCCCUUCGCCACUUGGUCCUGGAGAGGCCUACUUGCCAGCCUCCUCCCCUGUGACUAUGACUCUUUCAUGUAUCUGGCUUUAAAGCCCCUAGUAUACCUUCAGACAGACUAUUUAUGUAGGCUGCUUUAUUUAUCUUAUGUUUUAGUCACCCUGUACCCAUUAUAGGUGCAGGGUGUGUGUAAUGUAAUUGUUUAUAGUGUGUGUGUGUGUGUGUACUGUGUAAUGUAUUGCCUGCUCUCUUGUAUUGCUGAGGUUUGCUACCAACUAGGUGGGUUUGGCUAUGGAACUUGUCUAGUGCCCUCUGUUGGUAGCAACAGCAAUAUGCACUACCUGAAUUGCAAGACUGGUUCAUUUGCAUAUUCAGGUGGAUUUGCAUAUUGCUAAUUCUGCAGGCAGGUGAGAUAUUUACUGUUAAAUAUUGUCUCCCCCUACCCCUUUAAAAAUGUGCCAUUGUGUUGUGAUAAGUCACUGUGUGUUGCUUGAUUUGGUUUGACUGUUUGGGAUUUUAUUGAGUUUUCACAACAAUGUUAUUGUGGUGACCCUAUUGGCUGGUCCCAAGGGAAUAAAGGUUUUGACAGUUCUUCUUGAUCCCUCUAAACGUAGCCUUGUCUCGUUAUUGGAGGGAGCUGUUAUAAUCACACUGGGGAUUGCUAUGGCAUGCUCCCCUGAGCUUGAGUCACUUAGCUCUUUUAAGAGCUUGUUCCUGACACGCUCUCCUUGGAGGAGGGGUCUUCACCACACAGUCCUGGAUGCUGGAGGUUCGUACAGGGUGGAAGGAAGAGUUCUUUCCCACACAGUCCUGGAGGACAGAAGCUGAUCCAGGGUGGAAGGAAGACGGCGAGACUCCAGUCAAGAUACGGCGGUUGCGGAGUCUGCAGUGGUUGUGGUGUCUGCUGCAGCGCUUGGAGUCCUCAGGAAGCGCUAGGAGCAUCCGUCAACGGAGGGUAUUCAGUCGGAGUACAAGGAGCUCCGUUACAAGCACUAUUUAAUUUGUUGUUAAUUCCAUGAUCAUGAGAUAAUGUGAAUACCAAUAAGAGAUAAGCCGAGAUGUAACUUUAUUUUUAAUAGUUCAAAUGUUUUGGAUUGUGAUAACGUUGAAAAUACACAAAAACACAAUUCUAGCCUGAGUUCAGGAGGUGUAAUGGGAUGAAUAAAUGGCUGUGAUUAUAACUGAUGCAUUUGACUGGUAAAACUAACAUGAAUGUACUUUAGUUUCAAAUUACAUGUCACACAAUAUAAUAUAUAUAAUUUAACCUCCUAAUAAUAAUAAUAAUAAUAUCUUUAAAAACAGAACUUAAACAAGUUGCAGAACAAUUGGCAAUGAUGUCAAACCUUUUUUCUUUUCUUUUUGUAAAAUAUGCUUUAAAGUAGUUUUUUCCUCAGUAGGAAUAGAAAUAAUCUAGUUGAAAAAAAGGCCUGUCACAUUUUCUCUAGAUCUCCCUUAGAACCAGGAAAUGCUUGUGCCAGCAGGUAAACAAAAAAGCAUAUAGGAUACAAUACAAUAGCUAUACUGAAGCAGAGUAUACAAUAGCUAUACAUUCUAAUUACUGAUGAAAAGAAACCAGCUCAGUACUGUUUUCAGCAUCAGCAAGGUAAACAGUAUAUAAAGGCUCUUCAUGCUAUGUAACAGCACAACUUGCAUGAGCAGAUCAACCAUCACUGAAAAUGGGAAAGGUAAGAUGAUCUGAAUAUUGUAAAUAUUUGCAACACAAGAAAUUUUGGAAACAAUAAACAGAUUUUUUUUUUUUAAAAUGAACCAAAGCAAAUUCAAGUUUAAAAUGCUUACACUGAAUGCCAGCAAACUUUAUCCUAUACAAUAUAUCCUGGUGAGUUUAUCUAGGCCAGAAACAUGACAACAUAAUAUUCCAUAAACUAGUUUUGGACAUUUGCCGCCUCAUCAAAUACAAAUUCAUCAGAACACAUGCUUCACAUUAAGAUUUUUUUUUUUGAAAGUACUUUCUAGUGAAUGCCACUAUUAACCGUAAUAAAUUGCUAUAAUUAUGUGAAAGUGAAUGCAAGUUCACCAAUCUAAAAAAACACAAAAUGUACCAAAAACAUAUAUUCCAAUUCGGUCCUAAACUUAUAUGUUUAACACCUACACUUUAUUAUUUGAACAGGAUAAUAGUAAAUGUUUUUAGGAAUCUAUAGCAUCAAGUAAUCAAACCAGAAACUAUUUUUUAAAUGAAAUUAUUAACCACUAAAACAAUAACAAACUAAAAAAUCUAAAAUGUUCAAAUGCAUGGUUGUUUCACAGAUUGUCUUCUACGAGGAUCGUAACUUCCAGGGCCGCUCUUAUGAGUGCAACUCUGAGUGUCCAGAUAUGUCCUCAUAUUUUCAGCGCUGUAAUUCCAUCCAAGUGGAAAGUGGAAACUGGAUUCUGUAUGAGCACCCCAACUAUAGAGGACACCAGUAUUACCUUAGCAGGGGAGAAUAUCCUAAUUUCCAGCAAUGGAUGGGUUUCAAUGACUCCAUCAGAUCUUGUCGUAUUAGCCCACAGGUAAAGAUAUUUACCAAAAUAGUUAAGAACCUUACAUAAAUAUGAUGCAGUACAAAAAAACAUUAUUUUCCAAUUAUCAAUUAUUAUAGGUUUACCUUUGCAAAUAUGACCUUUUUUGACUAUUAUUCAUUAUUUUAUGGAAUAUAUCUUCAAUUCAAAAUUCCAUUGUCAGGUAACAGGUGGUUAACAUUGAUAAAAAAAAAAAUAUAUAUAUAUAUAUAUAUAUAUAGUCCUGAAUAGAUUUUUGUUAUUUACAUGCAAUUAUACAAUUAUUUUACUCUUGUUUAUAAAUAUUAUUUUCUUCGUAAAGCACCAUGGAUCAUUCAGAGUAAAGGUCUAUGAGAGAGAGGAUUUCCGAGGUCAGAUGAUGGAGUUCACUGAAGAUUGUGCUAAUGUCAAUGAGAGAUUCCGUUACCAUGACAUCCACUCCUGCCAGGUGAUUGAUGGCUACUGGAUGUUCUAUGAGGAACCAAAUUACAAAGGACGCCAGUAUUACCUGAGACCUGGAGAGUACAGAAGAUAUACUGACUGGGGUGCCAUGAGCCCAAGAAUUGGCUCAUUCAGGAGACUUCACCAUUUCUAA